UUUCAUGGUGAAUUCAAGCGAAAUGAAGAAUAUUAUACUCCUACCUACAUUGUUCUUUGUGCAACUAACGGUCUCAUUGGCCCUGGAAUAUUCCGAGCUAGUAGAUGUUUUUAGUGCGGUGCAAAAUCCCUGCAACGAUAUACGUAAUGGUCAGUUCAUUUGCCAGGAUUGCGGUACAUUAGCGUUUUGUUUGCAACAAAAUGGCGAUUGGACAACAUUAACAGUGACAGAAUGCCAGACCCAACACAAUUUGUAUUGUGAUGAGGAAGCUCGUGGUUGUGUUUUUAAGCAGACCUGCAAAGAAAAUUCAAGAGGUCCCAAAUUUGAAUGUCAAAAUGCUGGCAUCUUUCCGGAUCCUUACGAUUGUAAAUACUAUCAUGUGUGCGAUAAUAAGAAUGAAGGUGAACGUUUAAUAUGUCCAAGUGGCACAGCUUAUUCACCAGCCUCCAAGACCUGUUCUCUAACGCCCAAUACUGACAUCUGUUUGCAACCUCAGUAUGAGUGUAAAACUCUGGGACAAAUGGGAGCUUGGCCAACAGAUCCCAGCAUUUAUUAUGUGUGUCAUGCUACAAGUGUGGCUGACAAUGCAGUACGUUACCCGGUGUUGUAUCGUUGUCAGAGCGGUUAUGUUUUCAACAACAAUAAAUGUAUUCCAUAUACAUCAUCUACCGUAGCACCACCGAAAGCCCCAACUGCUGUACCGGAAAAUAUAACAUGUACUCGUGAUAGCGAUUUAACUCCCAAUCCAUAUGAUUGCUAUUCGUAUUUUAUUUGUGUUAAUGGACUAUUGGUUUCUACCACGUGUCCUACAGGCACACACUUCAAUUCAGAUACGAAAAGUUGCGUAUUUGGAAGAUGUUAAACUUUCAGAUAAAUAAAGAUUAAAAUGAAUUAUGAAAUAAUUCUGAACAUA